GUAUACGCAAAUCUUUCUCCAAGUAGAGGUAGAAGUUGAAGAAAAUCGAGAUACUUUGCGCUUUCGAUAGGACGUAAAUGCGCUCGUAAAUGAUUUGCGUGAGUUUUAUAGAAGAAAAAAGCCGACACGAGAGAUUAUAGUUCCGAAUCAACGAGCCGCGACAUGAUCGAUGAUCCGCGCGAUGACUAUGACAUGUAAGGAGAAAAAAAAAGAAAAGCGAAGAUGUUCGUCUUGUCACGAGGUGAAAGUAUUCGAUUUGGAAUUGGAAUUGCGAAGUGGAGAAGGGAGGAUGAGGAGGGAGGAAAGUCACCCCGACAGGUAACGGAGGCGGACGGCACAUUGGCAUUGAGCGAACUUGCGUUUACGGCAACACCAGUUCACGGUCGUUCGUCCAUCCGCUUACCGUUUCCACGGGAUCAUGCGUUCUAUUCUGCUUCUUACAUUCCUGACAAACGCCAGGUUGAUGGGCAACGCAGAGGAGAUCUGGCAGCAGGAUCUGUCUAAAGACAUGCGGAUAGGUUCGUCCACCGAGGGUUACGAUCGCGUGGGAUUGCGAUGUGGUGCUGAAAAAAUGACUGUCGAACUUAAAACCACCGAGGAUUUUUCGGGGGUGAUCUACACACAGGGUAGCUUUUACUCUCGAGAACCAUCCUGCUUUCUCGAUCCGGUUCGCGGUAGAAGUUUCACCAUGAGCAUCCCCUUAAACAAAUGUGAUACCGAAAGAGACGGUGAGAAAUACAGCAACAUCGUAGUGAUUCAGCACGACGACGAGCUGUUAACGCCAGGUGAUGCCGCUUUUACGUUAGAAUGCGACUUCUCAACGCCGCGUGCUCUCACGGUAACGGCGGAUCUUAAUGGGAGUAAGAGAAGAUCUACUAGAUCGAGUAUAGCUCUUAUCGACGUCGAUCCAGGAAGUGAUAGAAGGAAAAGAGCGGCGUACGUGGAAAGCUACGGGGAUGAGGUUGCUUUCGUGCCCGAACGAAUGCAUCGAUAAAAAAAGCGCAGUAAACCACCGGAUACUGUUUUAUUAAAUCUUGCCAGCGAAAUCUUCUGAUGAACGCCGUCAAUUCUGGUGAACGUGCCGUACAAUGCACUCUACGAGAAUUUGUUUUUGUUAUUUGUUACAUUGUUCGUUGUUGAAAUAAAUUAUGUAAUUCGUUCGAA